AUGCGGUCCCUUGCCAUUUUCACAGCUUUCUUGGCAGGCCAUGCCUUUGCAUACCCGAAGCCCGUCAUCCAGUCCUCUACUCGGCGAGACUGGCCUUCCAUCAACGAGUUUCUCACCGAGCUGGCGAAUAUUAUGCCCAUUGGUGAUACCGUCUCAGCUGCCUGCGAUCUUAUCGGAGAUGCUGAAGAUGUUGCUGCCGACCUCUUCGACAUCUCCAACACAGAGAAUGAUGCCUGUGGCGAUGUGACUGUCUUGUUCGCUCGCGGUACUUGUGAUCCUGGAAAUGUCGGAGUCCUCGUUGGGCCCUGGUUCUUUAACUCGCUCGAAUCCGCACUCGGAAACAAAAGAGUCGGCGUCAAAGGAGUUCCGUAUCCUGCAAGCGUCCAGGGCUUUUUGUCGGGAUCAGUGCAACCCGGAAUUGAUAUGGCCAACCAGAUCAAAUCCGUCCUCAGCAGCUGCCCCAACACCAAGCUCGUGCUCGGUGGCUACUCUCAAGGUAGCAUGGUCGUACACAACGCAGCAAGCAACCUAGAUGCUGCGACAAUGUCCAAAGUCAGCGCCGUGGUACUCUUCGGUGACCCAUACAACGGCAGACCUGUUGCCAAUUACGACGCUUCCAAGGUCCUUGUUGUGUGCCACGACGGAGACAACAUUUGCCAGGGCGGAGAUUUCAUCCUGCUGCCUCAUUUGACGUAUGCCGAAGACGCAGAUACAGCAGCUGCUUUUGUCAAGCCACUUGUUUCCUAA